AACUGAUUUUCACAGGACUCUCUCUCCUUACCUCAUUGUGACAGGAGCAAAGCUGUGCUUGUCGAGUUCACACAGUACAAAGCCGACGCAAACCUGUACCUGGCAGCAGUGCUCCUGUUCGAGUUCCCCUUGGCCAGGCCAGCGGCUGCGUCAAUGUCCUUGCUCCCCUUGCCAGCGUUCCACUCUGGGGCUCGUCUGGACCUUCCUCUGGCCAUGGUGGUAUGCCUGCUCCUCUCCAGCGGCGCUUUUGCACUCCCGAAGCUGUCAUUCACACCACAAGAAAGGGUGCCUGGGCUUCGGCGGAACAGCAGUCUCUUCCGGCUGCUCCUGGCCCUGCUUUCCAUCGCUGUGGCUGCCUUGCACUUAGCUUGCGUCUCCCUGGCCAACGUGCAGCUGGCACAUUACCAGGAGCACCGCCAGGCCUUCUCCAGCUUCUACGAAGUGGCGCUGCUGGCUCAGGCCGAAGCUGUUCUGGGUGCCCUGCUCCUGGCACUCACCCUGCUGAAGAUUGUACAGCAACUCCGCUUUGUCCGGAGAUGGUCUGUGUUUGGAAAAACCUUCCAUCAUUCCCUGAGGAAGCUAGUGGCUACCACACUCAUCUUCCUCCUGUUUCUUCUUAUAUGUGCUCAGUGUGGUUGUCUAGCCUUCUCUGCAGCUGUGGAAGAGUUCAGAACACUCCCAUGUGCCUUUUCAGCUCUGCUUUCCACUCUACGUGGAAAGACAACUUUCCUCCAGUCAUUGCUCCAGGUUUCCCCUGUGCUGGGUACAACAUACAUCCUCAUCUGUGGAGCUGGAGUGCUCUGGAUUGGGCAAAGUUUCCUCCGUGCUGUUGUCCUUUGCAGCUACCACACUGCCCAUUCUGAGAUAUACCACCCAGCGACUGAGCUGCAGGAUUAUGAAAUGAUUGCAUUUUUGGUGAAAAGGUUUAAGCUCUGGAUAGGAUUCAGCAAAACUAAAGAGUUUCGUCACAAAGUGAAAUUUGAAGGCAUAGACUCACUGAUGUCUCACUCUUCUGGAAACUCCAAGCAAUCUCACCUCCGUUCUCCUGGCACCAGCAUGCGCUGUGGCAGUGCAACCAUUUCUUCCUUCAGCUCUGAAGAGAUGGUGCUUUCUGAGAGUCCUACCCCUGACCCAUACAAUGUAGGCUUUUAUAUAGAACACCUACCAUCAGCGGUCCAUGAUCUCCUGGACUGCUUUGACAGGGUCCUAAAACUGAUGGAGGAUGUGUGCCAUCUUGAGACCAGCCUGGAGCAGAAUCAGAGAAGAAUUUUUAAGAAGGGGCAGAGAAGCCUUCCCACAGAAAAGGUGGUGACACACACCUCCAGAUCCCAGUUAAGGCUGCCACGAACAUAUAGCACUUUCUCAGAGUCUGCCUUGGCCAGACUCAGAGCUCACCAUCUUAGAAUUUCCAGUUGCAGUGCCACUGAAGUCAGUGAGCAGAUCCCAGCAAAUGCUGCAUCUCAGCUAAGGUCAGGAAAUAGAGCCUUGCUGGAUAACCCUCCAGCUUCAGGGGGCCUCUGCCAUAGAAUCCCUCCCUGGCCAGGUCAUUUGUUCAAGAAGAGACCAAAAAGUGAGGAGGGACAGGGAUGCGAAUGCUGUGAUGCACUUCAGAGACAGAUCCCGUUAAAGAGGAGAGCAUGGCAAACUGCAGGAACAGGGGACAUGUAGUCACACUCUGAGCUAAACCGAGUAGAACUGGUAGCUGCUUAUUUUUUUUUUCUUCCUGAAGCUUCACUGGCGUAACCCACUCUAGUGCUAAAGUAGUGUCUGGAUAUGACUCAGAUUAGAUUUCUACCUUUCCUCAUGUUGUCCUUUAGGGUACUAUGGUAUGAGGCCUCCAUUUGGUUUUUAAAUAUGUCUUGCCUAAAAUACUUUAGUUUCUAACCUUGUAAAAUGUGAAUAGUUCUACUGAACCUUAUCAAGAGCAUUGCAAAAAGCAGUAUGAGUUCAAAUUAAUGGCAUUGCAAAGUAAGUACAUGUAUGGAUAAUAUACCUAAUGUAAGGAAGAUAUAUAAUUUUUAACAGCUUAGUCCUUCUGUUUCUUUUACAAUGUCACUGCAUUUUCUUACCUCCUGGGUGCCUUCUAAGAGAAAAAAAGUGGGAUGUAAGUGUAAUGAAAAUAAAUUUAAAAUAUGCACACAUGAGGAAGGCUUUAGCACAUUCUAG